GAGUGUCAUGGCAACGUGUGGCAGCAACAUGUCAACGUAACCUCGGUUACCUGUCGCGAAGCAUCGCGAACUCAAUGUGUGUCGCGCUGUCAUCCGCUUCCCAGGCGAUUUCUUUGCCUUAUGAAUUGUUAUAGUAGUUUCUUGACAAGUGCGCGGACUUUUCAACGGAUAUGAAGGCGUGCAUAAUGAUACGUUGCGUUGUAAAUAUCGCUGUGCUAGUUUGUCUCGUUACUUUCGUUCGGCCCAUUCCUGUGCCGUCAAACGGCUCCCUACCUGGAUUAACCGAAGAAAGCGUUCACGAGAAGGUUACCGAUUACAACAAGAGUAGGUUUGCAAAUAUUAAACUUGCUCACCUCAAUGCAAGUCUAAUCAAGCCCCCGGACCACCUCGAAGGAUUGCCAAUGGAAAGAAACGGUCACCUAAAUCCACAGUACCGAAAAGAAGUCUUAUUAGGCACCGAGAGUUCAAAGCAACAAGGCGAUGAAGCUCUCUUACGGACCGUUUUUGCCAAGGUCGACAUCAAUAAUGACGGGCAUCUGACCAUUUCAGAACUGGAAAACUGGAUUGCAGCGAAGGUUAAAGAGCAUUACACUCAAGCUGUCAGGGACAAUUUUUGGAUAUUCUCAGCACUUGACAAAAAUCACGACGGGCGGGUCUCUUGGGAAGAAUAUCAUGUAAACUUUAUGAUAGAAAAGGGCUUUGAUGACAAAUAUGCCAAGAACCACCCAGAAGAUCACAAGACUCUUGACAGGGACUUGAAAGAGAAGAUUCUGCUUGACAAAGCCAUGUGGUUUGAAGCGGCCAACUCUGACCCAGAUGCAUUGAAUAUUGACGAAUUCCUUACCUUCCGGCACCCCGAGCACAGUCAUGUCUCACUCAUCAAAAUGGUGAAUGACAUCAUCAGCAACCUUGAUGAAAAUGGAGAUGAACAGCUUUCUGAGGACGAGUUUUCUCAACUUGGACCUGAUGAGAUGAAGCGCACAGCAAAAGAAGAGUGGAAGAAAGAACGAAUCCAGGAGUUCCGCCAGAACAUCGACCUCAAUGGAGAUGGACAGGCCAGUCGACAGGAAUUGCUGAUGUACAAUGAUCCGGAGAAUCCCAUUCAUGCAAGAAGCGAAGCACGGGAACUGGUGCAACAAGCCGACAAUGACGGGGAUAAUCAGUUAAGCCUGGAGGAGGUUCUUUCCCAAAAGGAUGUAUUCCUUGGAAGCAAGAUGGUGAAUACAGCCAAGAAUAUUCACGAUGAAUUUUGAUGA